UGUUUUCUGAAUUCUGAUUGCUAGUAGCUGAGGUUUCUAGCUGACCGUUUUGUGUACCCUUGCUAAAAUGAUUUCUUAGUAGUAGAGUUAUUCAUCCUGCUUUCAAAAUGAACAAUGGCGAUUAUUCACAUUACUUAGUCAAUUUACCUCAACAUAUUGUAUAUCUUAAUAAUUAUAGCUGAAAGAAGAGUCUCAAUCUAAAAGAUUCAUCUUAUUUUCUGUAAUGUGUUACAAAAUCAGAUAAAUUGCAAGUUUAUAUCGUGCAAUUAUCUGUCUGUAGGUUUAUCUCGAAAUAUAAACAUUUUUCUUUGUGAUUUUCGCAUUCUUAUUCUUAGCUUGACUGAAAAAUGAAUAGAAGGAGGACUCCAAGUAAUUUUACUUACGUUAGUUCGUGUGUUAAAUAUAUGAUCUUCCUAUUAAAUUUCGCUUUCUGGUUGCUGGGCGGAUUGUUGAUUGGAGUUGGAACCUACGCUUUCUUAGACAAGUGGCCGGAUGUCACAAAUGGACUUAUCAAGCUACAGACAAUCUAUGACGUUGUCCUGAACAUCUCACUGGUCCUGAUAUUGGCAGGUGGUGUGGUUUUCAUUGUUAGUUUCUCAGGAUUCGUCGGGGCUUUGAGAGAAAACACUUGUCUUUUAAAAUUUUACUCUUUGUGUCUGCUGAUACUGUUCCUGUUGGAGAUGGCUGUGGCUAUCAUGGGCUUUGUCUUCCCUCACACCCUGCAGUCAAUGCUAGAGGAGUCCUUCACAGACAAGAUCAUCCACACGUACAGAGACGACGUGGAUCUGCAGAAUCUCAUUGACUUUGCUCAGAAGGAGUUCAAAUGCUGUGGACUUAGCUCGGAGGGAUACAUGGACUGGUCCAAAAAUGAGUACUUCAACUGCAGCUCUCCAAGUGUAGAGAAGUGCGGUGUGCCUUUCUCCUGCUGUAUCAACGCCACCGAUAUAUCUAGUGGUCUUGUCAACAUAAUGUGUGGCUACGGAGUACAGGAGUCAUCAGUAGCGGAGGCCAGCAAGAAGGUGUGGACCAGUGGGUGUAUAGAGGUAGUGCGGUCCUGGGGAGAACGGAACCUGUACACUAUAGCAGGCAUCGCUCUGGGAGUAGCGCUAUCACAGCUGUUUGUGAUAUACCUGGGUAAGACACUGGAAGGACAGAUAGAGCUGCAGAAGUCUCGCUGGAACUCCUGAAAUAUCGUAGCCUACCGCCUGGGCUAGGCCAUGCCAAGGGGGUAGGCUCCUGUGUGAUCCGACACCGAGACACAAGCAGUAGUGCCAACUGUCAUCAGCAAAACUUCCCUGUCUUCCUCCCUCCUCCCACCACCAGAGAGGAGCUGACAUGAUCCUAGUGUUGUUUGUGAGUGAAACUUUAAAUUGUGCCUGCUGCAAGUGUGUCUUUUUAGAGACAUGUACAUAUAAAGACUGUGCUUCAAACGCCAGUUGCAUUUGUGAUACUCAAUAUCAUCAUCCUGUAGCUACUAUAUUAAUACACGUAUCUUAGUAAUACUAACAUUUAAAUCGCUUGAGACUAUAUUUUUUAAUUUGCGUCUCUAACAAUGAUCGUGUGUAUUGAUUUUAUUGUUUAAUUUAAUUUUUCAUCCAAAAAUAGUUUUGUAUAAGUGUCUGAUUUGGUACAUAUAUUCUAUUGCAAAUGUUGUAAGGGUAAAGUGAAUUUUCCUGAAUACUCAGCAGAGUAAUAGGAUUUUUAGGAAGGCAUAUGGUUGUUAAAGAAGAUUAGGAAUAAGAUUUAGUUUACUCGCUCUCCUGAGAAAAGUUGAGGCACAAUAGAGGUAAAUAAAAAACUUUACUAUCUUCCUCUAAUACCUGAAUUCUUUUAUUUUCUCAAAUAAGCUUGAAGAAUUCAUAAAAGUCUAAAAAACUUUUCCCCUAAAUUUUACCUUUAAAAUCCCAACCAAAGUUAAUGUGCCACUUCCCCAUAAGCCAUGUUUACUUGAAGCCAGCUGGCGGGCAGGUUAUUUGCCUCAUGUAACUAGAGAUGGGAAAUACCGUUACUUUGCAGUUAUAGUCAGGAACGUUCCUUAGCUGUUUCUGUUUGUUAAUAGGUGAAAUAAUACUAUUAAAUUUUUUCACCUAUUACUUCCCCUUCCAGUACGUUUCAGCCAUCACAGUUCUCUUGCCAUCACAGGGGGAUAUCUUUUAUUAUUUUACUUCCAUUUGCAAUUCUAUUACACCUUGAUUAUUGUUACAUUAUCUAUUCGUCAUGAGAACGAAAAAAGAAUUAAAUUAUUAUCUGUGAGACUUUUAAGGUUUCAGCAUCAAGUUAUCUUUUAAACAUAUUGCUAUUUACUCUAAACCGAAACUGAUCCUUAAUAAAUUAGGAACAUUAAUUUUUCAAACCCUUAGGAGGUUUAAUUAAAUCGUAACUGCAAUGAUUUAUAAUUACUAAACAGAAAGCCUUAUAAAAAAAGGUUCGUCUAUUAUAUUAAUACACUAGUUGUACCCGCGGGCUUUGCCCCGUUUAACUUCAUAAGUAUUCGCAUAGCUCAAUCACGUCAAGUUGAAGUUCGUUCGCUACGCUCACUCACCUUUUAUUUGCAAAUUAGCUGUUGUCAUAAAUUAAAAAAAAUAAUAGUGCUGCACCCUGUUUGUAAUCCUUGUAACGUUAAUGCUAUUGAACAUCAUAGAACAGAACCAACUUGUUUAAUUGAAACAGCUGUUAAGAUUCAUUAAUUCCUUUUAAAUAUGAAAAAUCAUAAGGUUAACAUGGGAAACUCCAGAGCCACUGGGGCGGAGCCCGAAAGCCCGAUCAGAAUAAAAACUACUUAGUUUUCCUAUUUAAUGCCCAAAGAAUCGGUGUACCGAAUUUCAGCCUCCUAGGUAAAUGGGAAGUGGGAGAAUUAGUAAUGAGUGAGUGAGUGAGUCAGCCAGUCAGUGAGUCAGUGAGGGCUUUGCCUUUUAUAUAUUUAGAUUAACACGUUCGCUGCGGCACAUCAAAUGGCAGGCGUAUCCCCAGUGUGGCGCUGCCCGCAGUGUCGGAAAGAAACCCAAUUGCCAUGUGCGAUUGGCUUUCAAAUUUCGGUCUGGCGAAUAGCAAAUAAUGUGCAGGGAUGUCCUGCUUUACGACAAGAGCAGACGUAGUUCCCUAAAACACCCACAGCACUGCUUGGAACGUAGCCGGUCCUAUUGUGAUUGUAUUGCCAAUUGGUGGGAGAAAGAUGGGACAACAAGCUGAUUUUUAAGCUUGCCGGACGGGGAUUUUACGGAGAAAUUUACUACCAACCUUCACCACAAUAAAAAGCAAGUCGCACACUACACGCUGGCAUAGGUCUGCCUUCAACCGACGCUAGAGCAAAAACAAAUUCCGAUCGGGUACGGACGCACCCUACCCAAUUGGGAACGGCCGAACUCAACGUGUUAAGUAAUAUAUUAGGAUCACUAUUAAUUAAUAGGAUGACAUGGUUAGCGUUAUUUCACUCCCUUGUCCUAACAAAUCAAAUCAAAUCCUUUAUUGUCAUUAUGCAUGUAACAGUUGAUAUGACGUUACAAAGGGAGUGUUGCUGCUUCGGCAUACAAUUUGCAUUUUGGACUUGUUUCUGAAGGUCUAAACGGACAGUAGCGGAUGGUCUAAAAGUAUAGUCAGUGAAGAAAACUUAUCCACUGUAUGCCGAAGGACUAAUUAGACUUUUCGGGAUUUGGACCCUCAGCAACUGAUCCUGUUACAAAAAUAAAAUGGUUCUCAGUAAACUAUUACCUAGCGCUCACUAUUAAUUAAUAUGAUAAAACGGUCAGCAAUAUUUCACUUACUCGUUCUAACAAUUCAGAAAACGUUACAAAAAUAAUAGAGUAUUUUCAGUAAUCAAUUACGAAGGUAGAUGAUUCUUCAGUGAUAGUAUUAUUUAUCCUAUUACGUUAAAUAACGCCCACCUCUAAAAUGCACUAGGGGCAAGUAACCUGCCUGCUUUACUGCCCUAGUGUAAAUGCGGCUUUUUGCAGUCUCCAGUCAUGGUUGUGGCAACCCCUGUGAAUAUCAAGUUCAGAAAAACAAUUAAUUGUUAAAUAUUAUUAAAAAUGCCAAUGACAUAGAAACAUAAAAUAAAAUAACUAAAUAGACUAUACUAUUUUUUUUGUACGGUAUUUUAUGUUUAUACAGCUAUAGAUUUAAGAUGUACAGUAAUAAGUAAUUAAAAUAAACAUCUACUUUUGUAGAUCUCUUUGAAUAGAAAUAGCCUUUUAACACCAUUCAUUCAUUUACUGAAGAAAAAACAGGUUAUCUUAAACGACCUCACCCACUUUAUAUUUGUUAAUAGGAUAUUUACUGUAUUACAGUUUAAAAAUUGGUAUUGUUAUUGGAAAAGUAUAGAGUACACAUUUAUAUGCAUACAAGAAUAUGAUAUUAGUAAAUUUUUAGUAUCUCAUAAUUUUCUAUUACUGUACAUAUCUUCUGAAGGACGUUAGGUAUACAUUAGCUUUUUGUCAUGAUAAAAAAAUAUUUUUGAAUUCACAUUCUGCUCUCUUAAAUUAUAGGACUACAUGGACAAAGACUUAAUAAUUUAGCUAUCUGUUACAUAACCUAAAUAGCCCAAAAAAUUUUUUUUUCUUAAUUCUAGUGUAUUAAAAUGCAUUUUACAGUACCGGUAUAUUAAACUAAAACUCUACUAGUUGCUCUGCCCGUGCUUCGCUACGGGGUGAGAAUGCAGAACAGAAUAAUUCGGUGUUACUUUAAGAUACUAAAUAUACUAAGAGAAACAGUUACACCACACUUACCAUGAAACAUAUAGGCAAAGGCUCGAUCCUGCUUAUUGAUUAUUUAAAUUAAGAUAUCUUAAUGUAUUACAGUACUAUCAUUUUAUAUAGUGUAUAUUUUAAAAUACUAGGUGAAACCCGUCGAAAUCGACGGUCACUGUCAAGGCUUACGCUAAUUAUUCAUCAACUGAAAGUUAGGUGUAGUGGAAUAUACUUGAAGUGAAGUUGGCUUUUACUCUUGAACUGUUAGGGACCUCCUCGUUUAUAUGGUUGUGCGGCUUCAUUGGCAACAAAUAAUUCAAAUUACAUAACAAUGCGGCAUUUGGCAAAAGCAAUAAAUACUGUAAAUUGGCUGUUACGUAAAUAUUGACGUUUACAUGCAUUGUUAAACAACGUAUCUUAUAAAGGAUGAUGUGAUCUAGUUUAAAAGGAAUAUGACCUUUCUGUACACAGUAGCUGUAUGACAGUAGCUGCUUAAAUAGUAUUUACUCUUUGUGUAUUUUUUACAGCCAAAAUGUCGUGGUUAUUUUUAAUCAUGUUAACAACCCAGUGAGCCACGGUCCGUAAUAUAGACCACUUCAAAUAAUUUGUCAAGAUAGGUACCAUUUUAGGCCAGGUUUCUGUGUUUGGAUGUUAUUACACACGAUAAACUUCUUCUGCAGAUAAAUAAUCUGCUGGAGAAAUAUAGGGCCUAAGCCAAAUUAUAAAUGUCACAAUGUGAGUUUGAGCAUUUUGUAACUAUAUGGGUAAGUUACAUAGUAUUUUCGAGGCUGCUGCUCAGUGCACUUUAAGAAUAUAUUUUUUGACUCAAACUCAAACAUCUUUAUUUAUUUGACAGUCGUUAUAACUGCAUAACAGCGUCAACAAAAUUUCUCUUACAAAUAAAAACAAUAUUUCUUAUAAAUAAAAUCUAAAAACUAAAAGUCUUCUACACUGUAACAACAGCGUGACAAAAGAAGACUCUUAACCCCUUUGCCAAAUUUGUCCACACUAUUUUCCAUCUUCAGGGGAGCGGGCAGUGCAUUGAACAGUUGAAUGCCAUUGCAAAAUAAAUGAUUUUCAAAAAACGCAGUUUUGUGCUUUGGAAUAUCCAAAUCGGACCGGCUUCUCAAACCAUAGGAGAUAGGGCGAGACUGAUUUUGAAAAAGGUUGAAGUUUUUCUUAACAAAUAGAGAUAAAUUUAAUGGUUUUUGUUGCUGAGUAGCGUUAGUAAACAUGCACAACCCAUUUCGUUAUUCUAAUAACAUUCAAAGGCUCUCUAAGAGUUCAAAUUGCAGUUUUACAGCUUAAUGACUUUCUAAAUCAUGCACAUAUUUCUACACAAAUAUUGUAAAAUGUUUUAUCCAGUUGCUGUAAACUACUAUUAAUUUAGCAAAAUGGACACUGCUCAAAUGGGCAACGUGCCCUUCUGCACUUGUUUAAUUUUGUAUUGUAUUACGCAAUCGAAGAUUUUUCCAAUGAUUGAAAACAUGUAUAACAAUAAUCUUGUGAACCUACGAUGAUCUGUUGAAUAGUAUGAUAAAAUAUAGGCAAAUGUGGGGGAAAAGGCAGACAACAGCCCGUACAGCAGAUAUAAGAUAGUUCAAUAAGAAAUUAUUGUAAGAGUUCUGUGAUAAAAGGAAUUUCCACUGAUUUCGUAAUGGAAUGUUAUAUUGCAAAACAUUACAUGAUACAGAAGAAAAUAAAUUUUAAAAUCAGAAAAUAGCAUUGCAAAUACUUCUUUUGGACAAUUUAGUAACUCCCAAUAAAUGUGUGUUGUUUAAAAACACAAUUGAAAAAUCAACAGCUGUUUCAUUAAAAAGUAUUAUCCACAUGGCCAAAAUGUUAACAAAUUUGUCGAGGUAUCUUUAAAGGCUUCUGGGGCAGAGCCCUAAGGGAAUUUACUUCAUGUUUCUUUUGAUAACUCAUCUACAGACCAAGGCCUUUCUUUGGAGACCUCUACCAAGUUUCUACGUCCAGCCGUUCUCUCAAAUUAGUAGAGACAAAGUUUCCAAUUAAAUAUUUAGAUUUUCACAUGUUAAUCUUAUGGGAGAAAACCCAACUUUGAUGGAAGAUCCUGCCCAAACUAAUAAAGAUUUCAAAAAACCAAAAACACUUUGCAAAACUACAGAUCAGGGCAAUUUUUUUGACACUUUAAUCAUCAAAAUCGGUCCAAAAAUGUGGGAGGAGUUCUGUUUACAAAAAUCGGCUUAGCACUUCAUGUUUCUUUUGAUAACUACUCAUCUACAGACCAAGCCUUUCUUUGGAGACCUCUACCAAGUUUCUACGUCCAGCCGUUCUCUCAAUUUAGUGGAGACAAAGUUUCCAAUUAAAUAUUUAGAUUUCCCCAUGUUAAUCUUAUGGGAGAAAACCCAACUUUGAUGGAAGAUCCUGCCCAAACUAAUAAAGAUUUCAAAAAUCCAAAAACACUUUGCAAAACUACAGAUCAGGGCCAUUUUCUUGACACUUUAAUCAUCAAAAUCGGUCCAAAAAUGUGGGAGGAGUUCUGUUUACAAAAAUCGGCUUAGCGUAUUAUAUAUAUAUAGAUGUGCAAAAGUAUAAUUCAUUGACCACAUGGCACCAAGAAACAAUUCUCCUUGUAAACGAAUUAAAUUAAAUAGCAGAACAGCAUUUCUGACAACAGCUGGAGUUUCAUAACAAUGUUUGUUUCCCAUGUUAAUCUUAUGGAGAAGUACGAAACUUUAAAGGGCCCCCAGGCCUCACUCUCUAAUUAUUUUCCUAAAAAGACAGUUUCCUGCACAACUUCACGUUACGCUCUUUCCAAUGACACCAAAAACAUGUCAAUCGGUUCAGUAGUUUCGGAGGAGUAAUUGUCACAAAAAACCUGCUUGCGUAUUAAAUAAGUAUAGAUCUGUAUAUAGAUUUUGGUCCAUUAUUGACAUGUAGUUGGCUUCUUAAUUAUUGUUUUCAAAAUAUCACAGUUCAUUUAAGAAAUCAAAUAAAUAAGAAUUAGGACACAGAAAUAUCAAUCAAGUUCCAAGGUAACGUCAUGCUUGUGCUGACAAUCGUCCGCUCCUCACAUAUCAGUCUGUACUAUGUGCUAUGUCACAACAAAUUUCAUUAUGCUGGGGACUGGUGAUGACACAACACUAGGAUGCCUGUGAUUGGGUGAUCCUUGGCAACUAUAGUAGACUGUGAUUGGGUGAUAAGUAACCAUGGCAACUUGUUGAUUGUGUGGAUGAAGAGAGAGCCAAGAAACAACAGUAGAACAAAGAGAGAAAUAACAAUUUGUUUUUGUCAUUGUUAUCUUUAUCUUAUUUUUAUGAGUGUUGUUUUUAUUUUUAAUUACUUCUAAUUUAUACUUUUAAUGAGUUAUCUAAUGUCAUAUUGUCUCCAAUAUGAUUUGUUUUAAACUAGCAACAUCAAUGUUGGUUCAUUAUUAUCGACAUUCCUCUGUUAUUAAACAGCAUUUACCAGUAGCCUAUCACUAGCAGUAUUACAUUUUUUGUUUUGUUCUUUACGGGAUUUAUUGCAGUGCAUUUAUAAGCACAUUUUUUGGUUUGAGGAAGCUGUAAUUUUAAACUAAACCAUUUUUAUUACUGAACUAAGAAUUUAUGACUUGAAAAUAUCAUGAUUGAGCAAUUUUGUACUUCUUUUAUGGAAAAAAUCAAAUUGUGACAAUAAAGUCUAUCUCAAUGGUAUUAUGGUGAUUUUUAUGGGUCUGUCAUCUUUUUAAACCAUAUUGGAUUAUAACCACGGUUUUCAGGUAUCCGUGAUCUCCCUCUCCCCAAUUGCUCCGGAUUAUCGGGGCUCUAGUGAAUUUUCGAUAGAAUGAUUAUGUUUACUACUCAUAUUUUGUAUUCCCCUUUCUAUAAGCAUGACCUUUUUGAUUGUUGGAGGUGGAAACCCUCCCACAAUGAUAUUAAUUUUUGGAAAGUAUUAUAAUUAUAAUUUUGUUGCAUAAUGUUGAUGCAUUCAUUUUUAUUUUAAUCAAAAUCUCAAACCAUAAACAGAGUUGAUAAGAGGAUUGUGUAAGAAAUAUUAAAUCAAUUAAUUAUUGCAAUAUUUGGUAUGACAACAAAUAUAAUGGACCUUGAUUGGGUUUGGAGUACUGUUUACAUAUUAUUAGAUUCUGGUUAUGUAUAAAUGUUAUCAUUUUUCUUUGUAGGUACUAAAAUAAUUAUUGUUAUCAUUUACUGAUUAAAGCCAAAAAACAUUUAUUGAGUUUUCACUUAAAGGUGUUUGUAUUUUUUAAUAAUAGUUUUUAUUUAGAUACAUUGUAAUACUAUGAAUUAAGACUUAACAUUUUACCACUAGCCUAGUUUUUAUGUUUAAGAGUAUAUUUUAUUACUAGGGCCUAAAUUGACUCUUUUCAACCCAAAAGUUUUAAGAUCAAGAUGAACCCGAGGUCAGAAAAUGAGAGAGUGUUGAAAACACACUUUUUUCCUGUGUGAUAAUAGUAUAUUUCGUACCUAGGGCCGAAAAUGAGGUUUUGCCGGCUCGAGAUAGUUUUUAAUUUCGAGACGAAGUCGAGCACUUAAAUCGAUCGAGAGCUGCAAAACCAUUUCGGUCCGUGGUACAAACGCUAUUUUUCACCACACUAAACCCUAUUACCACUAUUCACCACUAUAAUAAUGCACACUGAUAGUCACACAACUACAACUUUAAGGUUUGUGAAGAAAUAAUUUGAGGAAUCAGCAAAAAUAAAAAUAAAUAGUUGCUAGGCAACGGUGACAACAACACAGUUCUAUUGCAAUGCUAUGGAUUUUGAUUGUGUAUUUAAAAUGCAUUCAUGUUUUAAGUAAGUAAGCGGACAGCUGAUUUUGCGGCCCCGGGCUGUAAAAACCUGCUCGGUCCCCAAAUUACGAUGGCAGCUGGCCAGCAAAACGUAACUUUCAGCCACCAAUUAACGUAUGUAAUACAGCCAAAAACAUCAUAGUGUGGUGAAAACUAUAUUUUUUGUCAUAUUGCACCGUUAUUGGAACAAACUAUGUUACAAAACUAAAAUAGUUUUCUUUAAAAAUAACCUUUCAAUAGUUAUUUGUGUAACUAGUGGUGAAAGUGGCACUUUGCUGCACACGAGAGCAAUGUUUACGCACGAGCCGCAGGCGAGUGCGGAAUGAUCUCGAGUGAAGCAAAGGCCUUUUUCACUCGUGUUACACAUUAUAUUUUUCCUACAGUCACUUUAAAGCAUAUAAAUAAUUAGUCUUUCAAACACUAUACAACACGUUUUUAGGUUCAGCUGGCAACACAAAUGGUGCCCUAGAGAUAGUAGUACCCGCGGUCCGUAUCACUCCGCUAUUUUUCCUCGGCAAGAAAUGUGCUCCGCGUUUUGAGAAUAUAGUUCCGUAUGUUUUUGUAAUUUGAAGUGGUUUCCAUGCCUAAAAAAAUGCUUUAAAGGUAUUUUCUUGUUUAUUAAGAUCGUAGGAAUGUUUUAAAAACGUUAAAAAGAAAAGUCCAGUAAGUUCAGAAAUACCGAAACUAUAAACACAAAAUGACAGGUUAAAUCGUAGUUAUAAUAGUCAAUCAGCUGCUCAUAGUAUUAUUAUCUUUAAGUGUUGCCAACCUAUUUCCAAGCGUACACGGAUUACGUGCAUAAUAGAACCACGCUGUUUUGUGUUGUUUCGUUGGAAUCCUGAUGUGCGGCAAAGUAUAAACCGUACGGCAAAGUAUAAACCGUACGGCAAAGUAUAAAUAUGCAGCAAUUAGCAGCUUUCUGUACUAUAAACAGUACAAGGAAGCCAACUUUGUCGGGUGACUGUAGGAAAAACUAUUUUUUACUUGUUUUCAAUUUAAUUUGGUAAUGGAAACAAGCAGCUGUUAGGUAAGUUUAAGGUAAAUACCUUUGUUACGGGUAACAGAUUUUUAAAUGACCAUUUGCUAUAUGUUUCAUUCCAACUGUACUCAAGUGAUACUCAUUUGUUAAAGUGCAUUUAGUCAAUCGAUCACAUUUUGCAUUUAAGAUAUGAAUAGUCAUAAAUAAUUUAAUUACCAUUCAGUUUUGUAACAGAUAUUACCAACAUUUAAUUUUGUCCAAACAAUUUUCAUCAUUAUGAGGAAGUAUUAAUUAUAAAAAAAACACAAAUAAAUGUAAAAAGCAAUAUAAACAUGAAGCAAAUAAAGUUAUAUUAAUAGUCACUUUCACAGGAGAUGUAACUUUUCCUUAAUUAUUACAAGAUUGGUUUUAAGUUGUUGGAUACCCCCAAGAAAUUAUUAUUAUUAAUAAAUAUUAAAAUGUGGUAUUGUUUUAUUUUUUUAAAUGACAAUUUAAUAAAGGUAUGUUAAUUUUAUUAUUGUAACAGAUUUGUAAUUGGCCAGAAAUUGUUAAUCCCUAAUGGCCAAAAUGGUAAUCACCCACCUUAUAUAUAUAUAUUUUAUUUUCUAUAUUAUUUAUUUAUGCCUCUCAUUUAAACAUAUGCAUAGUAUAAUCAAUAAUCAUAGACAAAAUGGAAUAAAUAUAGACUGUCAAAGGAAAGUUCCGCGAUGUGCCGCUAGAGCGUGCUUGGUGUUCAAUUCGCUACCGUCUGCUACCAGAUCUACCACACUUGCGCUGCAGCAGUGUGCGCGGUAACAGCACGGCAUUCCUUCCUACCGGUGGACGCCAGAACAUAGGCUAUGCUAACUGAAGCACUGCUGUCGGUCUAUAUUUAAUUCUUUUUGUCUAUGGUAUAAUUAUUUAUUACUCUCACUCAGAUUAGUAUUUUAGUGCUUUGAUUAUACCAGAAUUUUUUCUCUCGGUGCAUUUAAUUAAUCGUGUUAUAUCUGUGUAAAUAAAUAUUGUAAUAUUUUUACGUAAGACAAUGUCCAAGUAACAUAGAGUUGUUUUUAUCUUGAAAGUGACCAAUAAUGUAUGUUUAAAUGAUUAGUAUUUGAAUAAAUC